AUGGCGCUGCCAACAGAAAACAAAGCCCCCAGCAAGACAACAGCAGACCCUGCGGCACCUGUGGUGGGAUCGGCACCUGCAACGACGGCCGCAACCCCCAUGCCUACGAUCGACGAGGGCAAGACGCUGCCACGCUCGCCAUCACCAGGUGCUGCAUCACCGCCCAUGACCAGUCACGGCGGCAACUUUGGUGAUGGCGGGAGACUACCGCCCACAGGCAGCACGCAGCAACAGGGGCCCCUGUCCGCCGAGGCGUCUUCGGUUGCGUUGGAGUCGCUACCGCAGCCCCAGCUCCCCGUACCGGCGGCGACUCCAGCCGGCGGCGUGUCGACCAAGUCGUCGGCCACCACGCUGGCCCCGGGCGUCCUGUCCAACAGACCGUCCGCGACCACUCCGACCCCCGGCCUCCUGUCUAGCAGGCCUUCUGCCGCCACCCUUGCGUCCUCCGCCAACGCGGGCGCCUUGGGUGGCGGGGCUAGCAUGCCCUGGGGUCCUGCAAGGGCUGCAGGCGUCGGUGGAGGUGGCGACGCCGGUGCGCCUGGAGCGGGGCUCGGUGGCUCUGCAGCCGGAACCGGGGCCGGCGCAGUCGCCGGCGCGCUGGCAGCUGGCAAAGCUGAGAGCGGCUUGUGGGGUCUCAAGACGGACCGCAAGACGGCGUUUAAGAACUAUAUGUGGAUAUUUUCGCACUCGACAUGGCUUGAUCGGCUCUUCAUGGCGGCGUCUGUCUUGGCAUCAAUCUGCUCAGGGGUCACGAUGCCCAUCAUGAAUGUUGUUUUUGGUAAGGUCUUUGCAUCAUUCACUGGCUACUACCACCAGCUGGGGCCCGAUCGGACGCAGCAGGAGUUUCGAGGCCUCAUUAUCGAAUGCGUACUAUAUCUGGUCUAUUUGUUCAUCACCCGGUUUACAUUCAGCUACAUUGCCUUUCUGGGCUUUCGCAUGAGCAGCCUCCGCAUGUCCGCCGCGAUCCGGCUCGAGUACAUGCGCGCCGUCUUCUCGAUGCGCGUGUCCAUGCUCGACACGCUCGCGCCGGGCCAGACGGCGGCCGUCAUCACCAUCCUGGCCAGCACGCUGCAGCAGGGCGUGGCCGAGAACGUGGCCGUGCUGCUGCAGGCCGUCUCUCUCGUGGGCUCCGGGCUCAUCGUGUCGCUGCUGUACAGCUGGGAGCUGACGCUGGUGACGGGCAGCGGCCUCGUGCUCAUCGCCGCCGUCUACGCGGCCACCACGCCCAUGCUCGUGCGCGCCAUGAACCAGGUGCAGCGCUGCGAGAUCGCCGCCGCCGCCGUCGCCAGCGAGGUCUUCUCGUCCGCCCGCAUGGUCGCCGCCUGCGGCGCCGAGGCUAAGAUGGCGAGGCGGUACGACGCCUUUGUCGACCAGGGCUGCCGCGCGGGGUUGAAGAUGUCGCCGAUUGUGGCCUGCCAGCAGGCGCCUGUCUUCUUUGCCAUAUACUCAACCUUCGCGCUCUGCUUCUGGUACUCUCUCAAGAUGUACAUGGAAGGCAGAAUUACAAGCCCCGAGGUCCUUAUCGUCGUCCUCCUCUCGGUCAUGAUGAUGACGGGCGCCGUCGGGACGCUCAGCACGCCCAUCAGCGCCGCGGCGCGCUCGGCAAACGCGGCCGGCAUCUUCCGCAAGGUGCACGAGCUGCCCAAGCCCAAGACGGGCGGCCUCAGGGCGCCCGAGGCGUCGGCGGCGGGCGACAUUGCGCUGACGCGCGUCAACUUCGCCUACCCGGCGCGGCCGCUGCAGCGGGUCCUGCACGACCUGACGGUCCGGUUCCCGGCCGGCAAGGUCACGGCCAUCGUCGGGCCCUCGGGCUCCGGCAAAAGCACCGUCGUGGCGCUAUUGCAGCGCUGGUACGAGAUGGACGGCGACCCCGUGAGCAACGCUGGUGUUCUUUGGCUCCGUAACGGGAUCGUGCAGAUCGGUGGCCGUCCGCUCAAGGACAUGGAUCUGUUUUGGUGGCGGGCGCAGAUUGGCCUCGUCCAGCAGGAGCCUUUUCUUUUUAACGAUUCGAUCUUCAAAAAUGUCGCGUACGGUUUAGUUGGAACCGAGUGGGAAGACUCGCCGGAAGAGGACAAGGCGAAGCGCGUCGAGGAGGCAUGUCGGGAGGCAUUUGCCGAGGAGUUUAUCCAGCGGCUCCCAGAGGGGUACAACACCUUCGUCGGGGACUCGGGCAUCAAGUUGAGCGGCGGCCAGCGACAGCGUCUGGCGAUAGCCCGGGCGAUCAUCCGCCGGCCCAAGAUCUUGAUACUAGACGAAGCCACGAGCGCCAUCGACGUCAGGGGCGAGAAGGUGGUGCAGGCGGCGCUGGAGCGGGCGUCGGAAGGGCGGACCACCAUCACCAUCGCGCACCGCCUCUCGACGAUCCAGAGGGCCGACAACAUCGUCGUCAUGCGCGGCGGCAGGGCCGUCGAGCAGGGCACCCACGAGCAGCUGAUGGCGCGCGGGCCCGGCGGCCUUUAUUACGGCCUGGCGACGGCGCAGCGCCUCAGCGGGGAGGAGAAGGACGGCGACGGCGACGCCACGCCCAAGCGCGACAGCGGGGCCGACUCGCACGGGAAGAAGAGCGCCGCCGACUGGGUCACUUCCGAGGAGAGCCGGCAGGGAGACGAGGAGACGCUGGUCUCCUCGGGCCAGCCGCAGCCGGGGGCGAGCAAGAGGAAGCGUGGCAUAUUCGGCAGCUUUACGUUGCUAUUGAGGGAGCAGAAGCGGCGCUGGCCGUGGUACCUGCUUUUGGGAGCUGGUGCGGUGGCAGGUGGAGCCAGCGCGCCAAUACAGGCUUUCCUCUUUGCCAAUACGGUGUCGAUAUUCCAGCUCUGGGGCAACUUCGGCCUGCUGCAGAGCCUAGCCAACUUUUGGUGUCUGAUGUUUGUUGUGCUAGCAACCGGGGUUGGGCUGAGCUAUUUUGCCCUGGGCUGGUCCGCGACCACUCUUUCGGUUCACAUCAUCCGGCACUACAGAAAGGAGUACAUCCGCAACAUGCUCUCCAAACGCGCGUCGUUUUUCGACCAAGACGGCAACUCGGCAGGGGCACUCACUGCCCGGCUGGCCACAGACCCGGCCCAGCUCCAGCAGCUUCUCGGGAUGAACAUGGCCUUUGUGCUCGUCUCGGUCCUGAGCGUGGUCGGCUGUCUCACCAUCUCCUUCUACUUUGGCUGGAAGUUGGCUCUGGUGACGGUGCUGACGAUGCUGCCCCUCAUCCUGGGCGCGGCCUUUUUCCGGGUCCGGUACGAAAAGCGGCUGGAGAUGAUGGGCAUGGCCGUGUUUGCCGAGAGCGCAAAGUUCGCCAGCGAGGGCGUGGGCGCGUUCCGGACCGUGUCGUCGCUGACGCUAGAGCGCGUCAUCUGCGACCGCUACGCGAAGCUCCUGAGGGACCACACGCGCGCGGCCUUUUUCAAGUCCAGCGGGUCGACGGCGCUGUUUGCCCUCAGCGACAGCAUAUCGUUGCUCUGCAUGGCUUUCAUACUCUGGUAUGGCGGAAAGCUGAUGGCGGAGCACGAGUACGCUCCCUUCCAGUACACUGUCGUGUAUAUUGCCGUGCUUCAGGGCGGCGUUGGUGCAGGUCAAUGGCUGAGCUUCGCUCCGAACAUCGCACAAGCCUCAGUGGCAGCCAACCGGAUCGUCGACCUGCGGACAAAGGACAACAGUGACGGGGGACUAAUAUCCCUCGACAGGGGCGAUCUUGGCGACGAUGACAUGGGCGUCAAGAUCGAGUUCAAGAAUGUCUGGUUCAGAUAUCCCACCCGGGACGUGCCUGUGCUGAGCGGGCUGAACAUGACGAUUGAAAAGGGAAUGUUCGCAGCGGUUGUUGGUCCUUCGGGAUCUGGCAAAACCACCGUAGUGUCGCUGUUGGAAAGGUUCUACAAGGCAAACGCCGGCAGGAUCGCUUUCAACGGGAUCGAGAUCUCCAACCUCGACCUGAGAAGCUACCGCAAAGACAUCUCGCUGGUUGCGCAGGAGCCGUGCAUCUUUGAGGGCACCAUCCGGGAGAAUAUCCUCCUUGGGAUGGACUACGAGGAAACUCGAGGAGCCGGCUUCAAGGACGAAGAGGGAGUGGAGAAGAUGGCCAGCAAAAGGUAUUCUGCACGCACAGCAUCCCCAGCGCCAGGCAACGCCAAAGAAGCCAACAGCGAAAAGGCCACAGACAUGGAAGAAGCGCUAGUGCAGGCGUGCAAGGACGCGGGGAUCCACGACUUCAUCUCGACGCUGCCCGAGGGCUACGGCACGGCCGUGGGCAACAAGGGCGUGGCGCUGUCGGGCGGACAGAAGCAGCGGCUCUCGAUCGCGCGGGCGCUGGUGCGGAACCCACGGCUGCUGCUGCUGGACGAGGCCACGUCGAGCCUCGACUCGACGACGGAGCGGGCGGUUCAGGCCGUGUUUGAGCGCACGCGCCGGUCGCGUACCAUGGUCGUCGUGGCCCACCGCCUGGCCACGGUCCAGAAGGCCGACGUCAUCUUCGUGCUCGGGGACGGGCGGGUCCUAGAGAGGGGGGACCAUGCGGGCCUGCUGAAGAGGAGGGGCGUCUAUUACGAUAUGUGUCAGUCGCAGGCUCUAGAUAGGUGA